CAUUACUAUCGAUUGAACAUGUCAAGCUCGGUUAAUGCUUGGGUUUUGUCCUAUGAUUUGAGCCAGGAUUCUGAUAUCGAGCUUGCUAAUAAGCUUUCUUGCGUCCGACCCGAAGCUAGGGAAUAUCUCCUCAAGUUAUUCUCGACCCGAGACUUCAAAUCAAAUAACCUCAGAGAUUUGUAUGAAGCGGGGGCAUCAGAGUCAGGUUCUCAAGAAGAUUCAGACAAUAUACCACCUUCUCAUCAAGAUACAAUGGAUGAGGGAGGACGAUUAAAGAUGUCAGAUUCAAGUUCUCAAGAAGACCCGAACGACAUAUCACUUUCUCAUCCAGAUACAAUAA